AUGGGUUUUUCUGACGGUGACGCUAAGAAGGGUGCUGGUCUGUUCAAGACCCGUUGCGCUCAGUGCCACACCACAGAGGAGGGUGGCCCUAAUAAGGUCGGUCCUAACCUGCACGGUAUCUUUGGCCGCAAGAGUGGCCAGGCUGAAGGCUUCAGCUACACGGCUGCCAACGUGAACAAGGGUGUGACAUGGGAUGAGAACACCCUAUUCGAGUACCUGGAGAACCCUAAGAAGUACAUUCCUGGUACGAAGAUGGCAUUCAACGGUCUUAAGAAGGACAAGGACCGCAACGACCUUAUCACGUUCUUGCGUGAGGCCUGUUAA